ACUUACAAAUUCAGACAUUUGCAGAACCCAAUUGCAACCCCCCUUCUGUGCAUACCUUCCUUUUCUCAUGACCACAUUUAAGGCUAGGUAGGAGUUUAGGGGGCAGUGCCGCACAAGUCUUCAGGGGGGGAGCAGGUCUUGGUUUGCGGGGCCCACCAGAUUUGUUCCCAGUGUCCCGCCAGCCCAGUCCGGCAAUGAUUCAUAGACACAAUGGCCAUGGCUCGAUGUAUUCAACCAAAAUGAUAAAUUUGCCUAAUGUGCACAAUCAAGUCAGCUGAGGACUGUAUUGGGCCAUAUAUGGGGUCUGCCAUCUCCACAAAUCCAUUGGAACAACCAGUCGGCCAAUCCUAGCUAGCUUUCUCAGGGAACACGUCUGCAGAUUUCUUUGAGGUUCUGUUUCGAGAGGAACAGCUGAUAUACCCCAAGGUUUCAGCAAAGUAGGGAUAUACAAUGUAUAAACAGCAAGAAACCUUCUGGAAUCCUGAAGAGCCAUCAGAAGAAGGACUGUUGUCAGACAGUGAAAAUGAUACCGAGGGCUGUCUUGGCAGUUUCCCUAAUGCUUCAUCAGAAGAGCAGUUGCUGGAUACUGCAUUUGAAGCGUGUGAUACAGAGGGUAGAGGAGAAGUCACAGUGUUUCAAAUCAUUGACUACUUGAAGAGAGUAACAGACCAAACUUGUGAUGGAGACCGUCUCCGACACCUUUGUAAGAUGCUGGAUCCUGAAGAUCAAGGAAGAUCAUUAGAUUUACCAGCGUUCCGUAAGGUCAUGAGUGAGUGGAUUGCCAACUGCUGCAGUGACAGGGAUAUUACUGAAAAGGUGGAAGAUAUCAAAUCUGAAAAUGGCACAUGUGCACAUGUACUUGAGCAAGGAGCAGAGCAUGAAGGUUAUGGUGGCGAUGUCAACAAAUUCACGGGAGAACAUGCCGAUUUCAUCAGCAAAAUCAGAGACCUUAACUUUGCCAACAAGAUGCUGGUGGAUCAGAAAAUUAAGCUUCAGAAGAGCUUAGAAACUGCAGAUGAAACAAACUCUCACUUGAUUGAGGAAAUAUCUGAAGUGAAGAGCAAACUGAAAAUUUUCCAGCAGGCAGUGUAUCAUUCAAGAUCCUUAAGCAAUGAGCUGGAAGACCUGAAGGCUUAUACCAAGAGUCUGGAAGACAAAAUUGCUGCCUUUAGCUCACAGAAGGAAGGACAGGAAAAGGAUAAUUUGUCACUUAGCAAUCAAAGACAGAUACUUCAAGAAGAGAUUUAUAACCUGCUUAUUGAAAAAGAAAAAUCAAAGGGCAAUAUUGAUUGCCUUAGUGCUGAAAAGGAAAAGAUGGGGCAUCAGAUCUCUGAAUACCAAAGACUUAUCUCACAGAAGGAGAUGCUUCUGGAAGAAGUGAGUUGCUUCUGUGCUACUGAUUUCCGUCACGCCCGAAGGAAAUCCUUCUGCUGUGUAAAUGCAACACAAGUCAGCUGUGCAGGGUCUUCUGGGAUGCGAAGGGAUUUAUGAAAGCAACCUCAUUAGUGUGAAUCAACUUAAUUGAAAACGCUGUGCAAAGUGGGGUCUAAACCCUCAAAGCAUAAUGAUUUAAAAAGCCAAAGAGUAAUCUUUUGUGCAGUUAUACAAUUAAAGGGGUUUUUCACCUUCCGCUUUUUUCAGUUCAGUUGCUUUCAGAUUGUUCUCC